AGUUGGCUCCGGCCAAAAAAAAAACGGACCUUUUCCUGUCCACAACCCAACUCGAUAGGCAGGCAGGCGAUAGCGGCGCCGCCGACGGCGACGUCGUAUCCCUGCCCGACCGCCGGUGCCGUGCUCCUUCUUCGUACUCUUUCCCCGGCGGCCGGUUCCUCUUCGACGCCGGCGAGUUCCCCCGCCCCGGGCCCUUCUCGCGGACGUCGUCAAUCGCCUCCGCUCCGACUCUUCCCCCACUGCCGGUCUGCCACCACCGCGGCCGCCGCCGCCGCUAGGCGGGCCGGACCGGCCUCCCCGGCAUCCCUCUGCACCCACCGGAGAAGCAUUCCUAGAUAUAAGAAGACAUGUUAUGAAGUGAUGUUCAAGGUUAUCACCUGCACCUGCAGAGGUGGGAGAUCGCAAUGGUGCACGUGGAAGCUGGAGGAUCACUACCAGUGCCAAAUGUGCAGGCACUUGCACAAACUUACAACAGAUCAGAUGAACAGAUCCCUGAAAGAUACAUCAGGGUGGAAGAGGCCACUGAGGAGGUUAUCAUUGAUCAUGGUAUCUCUUCUGCAAUUCCAAUCAUUGAUGUCAGCAAGUUGCUGGAUCUGCAUUCAUCAAAAGAGUGUGCGAAGCUUGGAUCUGCCUGUAGGCAGUGGGGCUUCUUUCAGGUCAUUAACCAUGGAGUACCAGAUGAAGUGAUCAGCAACUUCAGGAACGACAUAACUGAAUUCUUUAAACAACCACUGGAAUCAAAGAAGGUGUACUCGAUGAUCCCGGGCAACCUUCAAGGAUAUGGCCAGCACUUUGUAGUUUCUGAGAAUCAAAAACUGGAUUGGGCAGACUUAUUCAGUCUCGUGCUCCGUCCAAUAGAUUCAAGGGACAUGAGAUUCUGGCCAAGUCACCCCCCAUCUUUUAGGAACUCCAUAGAUAGGUACUCUUCUGAGGCAGCAAAGUUAGUAUCUUGCUUGCUGAAGUUCCUGGCCAUAGACAUGGGUGUUGAACCAGAGUCUUUCCUGGAGAUAUUCAGAGGCCAGCCUCAAAACAUGCGGAUGACCUACUACCCUCCAUGCAGACAGGCUGACAAGGUUGUGGGCCUGUCACCACACACUGAUAGAAUGGGACUGACUCUACUGCUCCAAGCAAAUGAUGUUCAGGAGCUGCAGAUCCGAAAGGAUGGCAAGUGGAUCGCUAUAAACGCCCUUGAUGGUGCGUUCAUCGUCAACAUCGGAGAUACACUUGAGAUUCUAAGCAACGGGAGAUACAAAAGCGUUGAGCACAGGGCCAUGGUGCACCCAACAAGGGAGCGCAUGUCAGCAGCUGUGUUCCACGCGGUAUGCUGGGAUGCCACGGUUGGCCCUCUGCCGGAGCUCGUGACGAACGACGGUGAGGUACGGUACAGCUCAAUGAGCUACAUGGAUUUCAUGAAGCGCUUCUUUGCGGCAAAGCUCGGUGGGAGGGGUCACAUCGAGAGCCUGAAGAGUUCAUAGUCAGCGGGGAUAGAUAAUGCUUGAUCUGUGUACAUAUAGCCUUUGUGAGACUUUUUCUGGUGUUUGUAUUGUUCUGUGCUGUGUGCUUGCAGCUUGAUCAUCUUCUAUUUCUGUUCUGUCCCCCAGACUUCCUUUGCUGAUAAAGUUUUUUUUUUAUUUUGCAUGUAAUGUAUAUAUGGUGUUUGUUAUAAUUUUCAUUUUCAGAAUGAAAAAAAGGAGAAAAUAUAGCCGGUGCUGUAGUCAUACUUUGCUGAAAUAAAAAGUGUACUUGCAUAA